UCCCCAGAAUGUGCUUUGAACAAAAUUAAUUGAACUGUCUUGCUAAUGAACAUGCAGCCCUGUUUUGAGAAUGUAAAUCAGCUGGCAAAACACCUGCCAAGUCAAGUGUCUUAUCCUAACGUAAUGGGUGACUAAAUACACAUUCCUGUGCUGGAGAUUUAAAUAAUCCUUUAGAGCACUGCUGAGAGUACCAGGGGCUUUGGCAGACAGAGGAAAACCUACGAAAGAGGAUGAACAAGCUGCAGAGACUGCUUCAGAACAAGAUCCUGAUCCUGACAAUAUGUGCUGCUGGGAUUGGAGGCACUUUCCAAUACGGUUACAACAUCUCCAUCAUCAAUGCUCCAGCUGCAUACAUCCAGACGUUCAUGAACACGACCUGGCUGGAGCGCACGGGCGUUCCCCUGGAGAGCAACGUGAUCCUGCUGCUCUGGUCCUUCACUGUCUCUGCAUAUCCCCUGGGAGGCCUCACUGGGGCUGUGGUUGCUGGUCCCAUGGCCAUCAUGUUGGGAAGGAAGAUGUCCCUGCUGCUGAACAAUGUCUUUGUGAUCAUAGCUGCAGCCUUGUCAGGAUUCAGCCGAAUGGCAAAAUCCUUUGAAAUGAUUAUGCUCAGCAGAUUUUUUACUGGCAUGAAUGCAGGUGUGAGCAUGAACAUUCAGCCCAUGUAUUUGGCGGAAAGUGCCCCAAAGAAGCUCAGAGGAGCUGUGGCCUUGACCUCUGCAUCGUUUACAGCCCUGGGGUUGGUGCUGGGACAGGUGGUUGGACUCAGGGAACUCCUAGGCAGGGAGGAGAGCUGGCCAUUCCUUUUGGCAAGCAAUGUGGUACCUGCCCUGAUCCAGCUCACAGCUCUGCCUUGGUUCCCUGAAAGCCCCAGAUACCUCUUGAUUGACCGUGGAGACAAAGAAUCCUGCAUCUCUGCACUGCAGAAGCUCAGAGGCACCAGUGACCUGAGUGCAGAGCUGGAAGAGAUGCUGGCUGAACAGGCUGCUGUUAAAGGUCAGAGAGCAAAAAACCCGUGGGAGCUCUUCCAAAAUCCAUCUCUGAGGUGGCAGCUGGUGAGCAUCGUUGUGCUGAGCAGCGCCAUGCAGCUCUGCGGGAACGACUCGAUGUAUUCUUAUGCAGCUUAUGUGUUCCAAGAGGCUGGAAUUCCUCGGGACAAAAUCCCAUAUGUUGUAAUCGGUACAGGAAGCUGUGAACUGAUCACGUCUGUCACCUGUAACAUGAUUAUAGACUAUGCUGGUCGGAGGCCGCUGCUGCUGGGGGGCUACAUCUUCAUGGCGGGAUGGGCCAUUGUCUUCAUGGUCGCUCUGAGCCAGCAGACUCAGAUUAGCUGGAUGCCUUAUCUCAGCAUGGCCUGCAUUUUCGCCUAUAUCCUGAGCUUUGGAAUCGGACCAGCUGGUGUAACAGGAGUUCUGCCCACAGAGGUUUUUGAUCAGAUGUCCCGGCCAGCUGCUUACAUGAUCUGUGGCUCCCUGCUCUGGUUCAACCUAUUUCUGGUUGGAACAGCCUUUCCAUUCAUCGUGAAAAGUCUAGCACAUUUCUGCUACAUCCCAUUCCUUGUGGUCUGUGUCUGCACUGCACUCUACGUUGGAUUUUUCCUUCCUGAGACAAAGGGAAAGUCCUUCCUGGAAAUCUCGGAGGAGUUCAAGAAACGGAACUUCAAAACUAAGACCCGUGCGGGUUUCUACAAAGGCCCUGAAGAGAUCAAAACCACCACACUGUAGCAGAAGAAAGGAAGAUGGUACCUGGGGGAGUGGUGCAGUGAAUUCAGCAGUGACUGUGUUCCCUUGCAGGGACACCAAGAGAAAAGUAGGGUUAGGGACAAUACAUUACUCUUAGGUCCUUAAGUUCACCUUGAAAACACAUGCUUGAACUGAUAAAUACAAACAGAAGUUUGAUAAUCUGUUCUCAGUUUUUAAUACUGAGUUUUUAAUGCAUAUUUUAGAAUCCGGUGACAGAAUGAUGCCUUGUUCUCUUAUCAUCAAACAUCAUGUAAUGCUUGAGCAAAUUUCCUCAGAACUUCUCCUCUACCCAAAGAGUAACUUCCAUCUCAGAAGCCUUUCUUUCCUUGCCCCUGAAUCUGGGCUCUCUAACACAGAAAUUAAUGCGAUUAAAUUCUGUUUUCAGACACCAGAUGAAAUUUUCAGUACCUUGUCUUGGUGCUCCCGUUGUUUCUGUUAUUAAGUGAUUUCAAAUAGACCCCUACUUGUUGAGCAAUAGUGAGCAGUUAAUUAUUUUCAGCUAUAAAAGCAUGUGACAGAUGGAUUAAGAAGAAAGCUUCUAGUACUUGCUAAGUGGCUUAUUAUACAACAGACUUUUGGGCAUUGUUUUGCGGAAUAUUUAUUCUGGACUGGUUUUCUUCAUGGCUUGUUUGUUGUCUUCCAGUCCUAUAUUGUAAAGCACAGGUUCCCCAGUCCAGUUUGUACUGCUCUCACAGACCCUGCUGGUGCACCUUGUAGGGUUUUGUGCCUGUGCUCUGCUAAUGGUAAGUGUGGUGAGGAGCUCGUGUGCAGCAGCUUAUUUUGGGUGUGGAGAUUUAGAUCACACCUGGACACUCUCUGCAGCAUGUUCUUGUCUCCACAGAGCACGCUGGAAAAGACCCAGAUGUGAUAGUGAUUGCUUUUAGUUAACCUGGUGCAGAAGAGGGCAACACUCCUCAUUUAAUAUGGCCUUUCACUUUGUUCAUAUGGCAGUCACAGCACUGCUGACGGCUGCAGCAAAGAACACAUACAUUUUCAAAAGAAGUUGCUAAAGUUUCUCUCAGUGUAUUUUUUAACUGCAUUUUUUGGGAAAUACAGAACUUUUGAAUGACAAGACUGUAAAUGUUUCCAGAGUGUAUUACUGUCAUUGCUGGGCAUGUGUGGAGCAGCAGAUCUAUUUCUCAGAAGUGGAGUCUGUGCAAGAACUCUCUUUCACUACCUAAAGUUUAU